AUGCAGGAUUACCGCGCUGAAAUUCAGUUUAUGGCGCGUGCCUACCAGUACCGACUUCAUCCUUCCGCAUUGAAAAGCUUCUCAGAUCAUCUUUCAACUAUAGGAGACAGUGAAAAGCGGCGUGAUGCACUCCGAGAUCUAUUUGCGCUUCUUCAUAAACUGUGUGCAGGGGACCGAUUUGUGGAUGAUAAAAAAAUGCGGUUAGCUAUUACACAGCAAUCGGUUAGGGAUAGAGGAAUAUCCGAGAGGGAAGGUGUUUCAACUGUUUUUCCUGUUCCUUUGGAGGAAAUACCAUAUGUGUAUAUGGAUGAAAAAACAGGUGAAAUAAAGGUGCAGCGCGCAGAGCGUGAUAUUGAUCGUUUCACUGUCCUUCGUCAGCGAUAUUUAUUUACGAGGAGGCGUUGUUUGAGAAGCGGCCUGUUCCGAAGGGAUCUUAACAAACAGUCUUUGAAUCAGGAUCUUCCACCCUUACUUUCAACUAUAGCGCUUGAGGGAAUAGAUCCUUCUGAAAAUGUGGCGGUGUUAGGAAUGAUUCGAAGGGGUUUCAAUGAGAUUUGCCUAGAAGACUUACACGGUCGAGUCAGACUCACAUUUCUUGGUGGUGUGCCUCCACUCAUUGGUUUUGUGGGGGAUGGCUUUUUUGUUUUAGUACGAGGGCAAUGGUCUAGUGGCGUUCUUGUGGUUGUCAGCAUAGAGCUUCCUCCAGCAGAGAGACGAGAAGAUACUCUUCGGGACAUUGGUUCAGAUUACGAUCUUUUUGGUUAUAGACCAACCGAUAUGGCGGCUGCACAUCUGCGGGAAAAAAAUUCACUUCAAGCUGUAAUUAUUGUGAUGUCGCACGUUCACCUUGAUCAAACAUCGACAGUGAAUAAAUUAGUCUGUUUUUUCAAGGAGAUGCAGAAUCGGACAGAAAGCGAACUUAUGAACACGACCUUGGUUAUGGUGGGCGAUUUUUCUUCUUCGACGAUUCAUUACGACGAUAUUUCUCAUCUUCCUGACCCAUUUGAGGGAUCUAACCGCUAUAAAUUGCUUAUGGAUACCCUUGCAAUGGUGAUUACAACACACGCACCGAGUGUUGCUCAACAUACGCAAGUUGUUCUUGUUCCUGGGUCUAACGACGUCACGGGACUUUUAGGUGUUUUACCACAGCCUCCAAUUGUGAGCGUUUUCACGAGGACAUUGCAGGCUCGUCUGAAAAAGGUAUUUUUUGCCCCCAAUCCGUGCCGGUUAAGAUUUUUUACGCAUGAGAUAGUGGUGACUCGCCGAGACUUUUUUCGAUCUCUUCAAGGAAGUGGACGUGCUUUUAAUCGUUCUGUAGUAGAAACCCCAAACUCUAUUAGCUCUUUUGAAAGCGUUGCAAAAACUAUCCUGGAUGAGGCACAUUUGGCACCAGAAGUCAAGGAAGGGAUCUUGUGGAAGGCAGAUGGGGCUCUUUCUUUGCUGGCACUUCCACACCUGCUCGUCCUAUGUGAUAGCACAGAACAAUGGGAGUGCACAUACAAGGGGGCUCGUGUUGUUAAUCCGGGGUCGUUUUCUCUCGCUUCAACCUUCCUGUGGUAUACACCUGCUGAUGGCGAAUGUAGCCUCAGUAGCAUUGACUAUUAA